GAGAGGCAGCAGCAGCCGCACGGGUCACCUGGCAACAGCCCCGGCCACAGCAGCACACAAAGGGGCCCAGCACCCCAGGACACCUGCAGCCGCCCCGAUGAGGAGAGAGAUGAACGGGGUGACCAAGAGCCGGUUUGAGAUGUUCUCAAACAAUGAUGAGGCUCUAAUCAACAAGAAACUUCCCAAAGAGCUGUUGCUCAGGAUCUUCUCCUUCCUAGAUGUUGUAACCUUGUGUCGAUGUGCUCAAGUCUCCAGGGCCUGGAAUGUCCUUGCGCUUGAUGGAAGCAACUGGCAGCGAAUUGAUUUGUUUGACUUCCAAAGGGACAUUGAGGGGCGUGUGGUAGAGAAUAUAUCAAGAAGAUGUGGAGGUUUCCUACGCAAGCUCAGUCUACGUGGAUGCCUUGGUGUGGGGGAUAAUGCUCUAAGAGCUUUUGCCCAGAACUGUAGGAAUAUUGAGGUUUUAAACCUGAAUGGCUGCACCAAAAUCACUGACACAACCUCAUCUAGUCUCAGUAAAUUUUGCUGUAAAUUGAAACAUUUGGACCUGGCAUCAUGCACAUCCAUUACCAACCUUUCCCUCAAGGCUCUCAGUGAGGGCUGCCCCCUCCUGGAGCAACUGAACAUCUCAUGGUGUGAUCAGAUCAGCAAGGAUGGGAUCCAGGCUCUGGUAAAGGGCUGCGGGGGGCUGCGGUUUCUGUCCCUCAAAGGCUGCACUCAGCUGGAAGAUGAGGCUCUUAAGUAUAUUGGAUCACACUGUCCAGAGCUUGUCACAUUAAAUCUACAGGCUUGUUCACAGCAAAUAACAGAUGAUGGUCUCAUUACGAUUUGCCGUGGAUGUCACAAGCUGCAAUCACUCUGCGCCUCCGGCUGCUCCAACAUCACAGACUCCAUUCUUAAUGCACUGGGACAGAACUGCCCGCAGCUCAGAAUACUUGAAGUAGCUCGAUGUUCACAGCUGACAGAUCUGGGAUUCACCACUCUGGCUAAAAAUUGCCAUGAGUUGGAGAAGAUGGAUCUAGAGGAAUGUGUACAGAUUACAGACAGCACUCUCAUCCAGCUCUCCAUACACUGUCCAAGGCUGCAAGUGCUGUCUCUAUCCCACUGCGAGUUAAUCACAGACGAUGGAAUCCGCCACUUGGGUAACGGUGCUUGUGCCCAUGAUCGGUUGGAGGUCAUUGAGUUAGAUAAUUGUCCUUUAAUUACUGAUGCAUCGCUGGAACACCUCAAAAGCUGCCAGAGCCUGGAACGUAUUGAAUUGUAUGACUGCCAACAGAUCACACGAGCUGGCAUCAAGCGGCUUCGGACACAUCUCCCGAACAUAAAAGUCCACGCCUACUUUGCUCCAGUCACACCUCCUCCUUCAGUUGGGGGUAGCAGGCAACGGUUCUGCAGAUGCUGUGCCAUCCUAUGAGAAGAGAUGCAUCCUGGGGGCUCCCUUCACCACUCCUGUGUGGGUUUCCAGGUGGACUCAUUCACAAGAAAAUGCGCCAGCUUACUGUGGUGGUGAGGGGAGAGGGACUUCCCUCCUGUAUGUAAGAACACACACAGCCACCACAGUCACGUUCCGGAACCCACAUCAUUUUUUUUUUCUUUUUGUUACAUUAUCAAUACUGUUGGAAAAUGUAAUAUUUGAAGGGGAGCAGACAGAUAAUGACCCUCUAGGAGCUCAUUCCACAGCAUAGUAAGGGAUGAAUUUAAAAAUGCUGCUCUUUGAACAUGUGUCCCUUAAGCAUCUUCCCUUCAGUUUCUCUCUUUCUAAUUCGAGAACACCUGCAAAGGAGGCAUGAUGUCCAUCUUUAUGAUGUGGGAUAGAGUAUUGUCUCUUUUGCCUUUUUAUGGAUAGGGCACGGUUAUCUCUUGCUGCGGUUCCAGAGGAGAAUACAUAAGCGAUCAAUAUUGUUCGAUUCAAGGACCUAAAUAUGUACCUGCUCCAGUUCUGAUUUCCACAUCUAUCCCUAGCACUGCAACAAGGAAGCAGCAGCAGGGACCCUCCUCCCGGGCUGUACAUUUUGGACUUCGUUGUAAUGCAUUCCCCGACAAUGAAAUGGGAAAAAAGUUACAAAAAUGAAUUAUAUAUUAUAUAAAUAUAUAUAUAUAGACUUUGUACAAUAUAAUUUUAAUUAUAUUACGGUGUGUUCCCUCCUCACGCUCGCGUGGAUGUGAUAAUGAUGCCAAUUACAGAAGUAAAAAUGGAAAAAGAGUUGAACCACAUGAAGUUCAGUUUCUAAGGAAUCCCAGAUUCUGACAAUGGCUGUUAUGUGCUGAGUGUGCGUCCUUUAUGUCUGUGGCUUGUAUUUACCUGUCCUAGCUGUAUGUGGCUGUCUGUGUGUGUUUAGUCAGGAUUAUGAAGUAUUUUGGACAUCUUUGGUUGGUUAGUGGGUCUUUUUGUUUAAAUCAUUUUUAACUUU